AUGGCUUCCACCGGAGCACUUCCGCAAACCCUCAAGUCUAUCACAGCCACUAAGAUCAAUGAGCUUGGCAAGCAACGCACUCUUUUCGACACGGCCAAGGCUGAAAUACGCGAAAAUGCAGCUGCAGCUACCGAUCUGCACACUCGCGCUCAAAUUCUUCUCAAUGGUGUCUCAAGCCUGAAGGGAUACCCAAAAAAUGCACUCGACAAAGACGACAUGGACCUGGAUAUGGAAUCUUCUGACGAUGAUUCAGAGAGUGAAAUGCCUAACCUAGACAUGGGUCAGCUCCGUAACGGAGAUCACUCCAAUAUCCGCCGUUUUCUUUUACAGGGUCGAUACGAUUCCUCUAUCUCGGAGAAGACCUUGCAGAGAUGGAUCGGUCAACUUGAAAAUGAGCUUCGCUACCUCGAACUCAAGCACGACCAUGCCUCCUUCUACAGCAAGCUGGUUACGGAGUGGCUAGCCCAGCUAGAUGCACAGAACGUAUCUGAUAUUAAUAAGGAUGGUGGAUCGGAUUCCGGCAAGUCUGAAACUGGUUUUGAAAGGGUGGGCCGGGCGGAAAUGCACAACCAACGAGCGCAGUGGGAGUCACUGGUAUUUUCUACCGGUAACCACGUUGAAGCAAAAGACAUUCGCUCCUAUCUUGACGGUCUAUUCCACAAAGACAAAUUGACCAAACAAGCGUUCAAGGAGCUUCGCGAGAGCGUUCAAAGGUUUGGAAAUGAUCUGGCCACAGAAGGGAAUUGGCUGGAUGCGAAUGAGCUUCAGUGGGUUUCAAAUGCAUUGAUGCAGACCGACCUUCUCAGCACGGAAAAGACAUCAGUUCUCAAGGAAUUUAUGCGUAACAAGGAGGUUACACAGGAGGUCGCCGAUGUGCUCAACAUGCGUCUGUCGUCUCUGGAAAGCUGGAGCUGGAGUCAGGAUGGAAUUCCCGUCGAAAUGCGGCGACAACUCAAUGGAAAAUACCGCGUCUUUAUGGAUGAGGAUCUUCUCGACAGCCUCAUGCUUCAGUAUCUUGGCACGAAGUGGGCCGUCGAGCUGCGUGAAGUGUUUACAUCAUUUCUACGCUCACGUGCCUGGACUCCCAUUCAAGAGAAGAUUCCUGAGGAGUACAUUGAACGACGCAAAUACUUCUAUGGGAAAGUCCCCACGUCUGAAAGCAGGUGCAUAAACUAUUUGCGAAAGACUACAUACCAGGAAGAAUACUUUAUGAGUCAACUACCUGAAUCUAUUCACGAGGGCGCUCGAAACUAUGACGACAGUUCCCAAGUUAAAAGUGCCUUAAACACAAAGCACUCUCUCCUUCACCGAUUGAUUACCGAGUCCCUCAUUCAAAAGAAUUUGAGGGGCGAGUUCACUGCGAUUCGAUCCGACUACAAGUGGUUUGGUCCAUCUUUGUCCCAUACAACCAUUUUAACUGUUCUGGAGUACUUUGGUGUUUCCCGAAAGUGGCUGAACUUUUUCAAAGUGUUCCUCGAGGCUCCACUGCGAUUUGUGCAAGAUGGCCCUGCUGCUCAGGUGCAAACUCGCAAGCGUGGAAUUCCUAUGAGCCACACUCUUUCAGACUUCUUCGGGGAGUCGGUACUUUUUUGUAUGGACUAUGCUGUGAACCAGGGUACAAACGGAAAUAUUCUGUAUCGACUGCAUGAUGAUUUUUGGUUCUGGGGAACAGGGAAGGACUGUGAACAAGCCUGGGGGUCUAUGACCAAGUUUGCCAACUUGAUGGGGCUGGAAUUUAACGAAGAAAAAACCGGCACAGUCCAGAUGGGUGAAGCCCAAAAAAGUCAAAUUCUCCCCACCGGUGAGAUUCGUUGGGGCUUCUUGGUUCUCGAUGCAGAGCAGGGUAAGUUCGUCAUCGAUCAGAAACAGGUGGACCAGCAUAUCGAAGAGCUAGAUCGCCAGCUUUCAUCUUGCAAGAGCAUCUUCGAAUGGGUCCAGGCGUGGAAUGGAUAUUUUGGGCGCUUCUUCGCCAACAACUUUGCGAAGCCUGCCUUGUGUUUCGGCCGAGACCACAUUGAUAUGGCGAUUUCAACGCUCAGCCGCAUUGAGUCUGCCCUUUUCGGAAAACCUUCUCAUGGAGAUGCUGAACAAAAAGGUGGGGUCACCAACUAUCUGAGAGGACUCAUCGCAGAAAGAUUCGAUAUUCAUGACCUUCCUGAAGGAUUUUUCUACUACCCUGUUGAGUUGGGCGGCCUCGAACUACUGAAUCCAUUUGUCAAUCUUCUCUCCAUGCGUGAAAACAUCAAGCAAACACCGCACAGAAGACUCCAGAGGGCGAUUUUAGCGGACGAGAUUCAUUAUUACGGGGCCAGGGAGAAGUUCGAGAAAGAGGGGUCGAAUUUCCAAACAACACUUCGGGCUUCAAAUGGCCAACCUCUUUCAUUUCCUUCACUGGAAGAGCAUAACCAGUACCCAGAGACCUUCAGCCACUGGUUUUAUUCUGCCUAUUGCGACUUGAUCAAAGUCCCGGAGGAAAAGAGUGUUGCGAACACUGGUGACUUGAGGAAAAAUAUGAUUGGUCUCAAGAGCCCCACGAGCAGAGCAAGCAAAGGGACUAUCGGUCCGGUAUGGAGCAUAAUGACACCUUAUUGGCGCUGGGUCGCGGAGCUCUACCAUGACGAGAUGGUGCAUACCUACGGAAGUCUGGCGGCUGUUAACCGGGAGUUCAUGCCUCUUGGAGUGGUGAAAACGUUGAAGGAAGGGCGUUUCAGGUGGCAGGGCUAG